CUGAUGAUCUAUUUCUGUUUUGAGGCUUCAGUCACCUGAGAAUCACUCGCUGAUAAAGAUACCGUAGAUUUAAAGCUGAAAAAUCUGCUGUAAUCAUAAAAGACCCUGAUUAUAAUGACAAUCCUUUUUAACACACUCGGUACUGUUUGACUUUAUACCAUACAGCUGUAGAGGAGUAAUGAUUUAUAUUCGCAGUAUCUGGUGCCACCCUGAUGAGGAUGGGUUCCCUUUUCAGUCUGACUUCUCUCAACGUUUCUUCCUCAUCUCGUCUCAGGGAGUUUUCCUCACCAUCCUCACGUCUGACUUGCUCAAUAGGAAUCUCAAUCUACAUCAGGAUUUCUGUAAAGCUGUGUUGUGACCAUGUCUACUGCUGAAAACACUAUACAAAUAAAAUUUAAGUGAAUUUCUAUUUCAUUACCACAAUUACUAUAAUUUUCUGUUGCUGAUUUAAAAUUGCUUCAAAUAUCAGCUUUAAUGCCGACAUGAUAAUGUAGAUUCACCAUGUGGCCUGUUCACUGCUCCAGUAAUCUGAUACAGAUACACAUUUAAAGCUGAUUCCAGCUGAGGGACAAAACUCUGUAGAGCUGAGUCGUGACAAGCGUUCAGUGUCCACAUCUUUCCUUCAAAUACACACAAAAUGUUCAACUACUAACAGAGAAAAGACAAAAGAAAACAGUGACGGUUGUCCUAGUUGGUGUAGAGGUUUGUGGUUGGUUCUCAGUGUUCAGCUCUCCAUCUCACACACACAGUAAAGGGGAAGUGGUGAUGGACGACUAGACUGCAAAAUUACCAACAUGAUCAUUUUUACACAAGGCCUGUGAAGUCUUGAAAGGAGCAAAGAAGUGAUAAUUCUGUCCAAUCUAAACUAACUGUUAAUGUUCUGAUCCAAAUGAAUCUUUUUUAAAUAAUAAAUCUCCAGAUGCAGAUCGUCUAAAUCCUCUUUAUACUCGUUUAUAAAUCUCACAUAUAAUAAUGAAGCAUGUAAUGUAAUGGCUACCUGAGGGUGUACAAACUUAUACUCAGUUCAGUCUUCAGGAUUCAGUUACUGAAACAUUUUUUUAAUGAUUAUUGAAAUGAUUAAUGAUGAUUAAUGAUUACUGUAAUGACAUAAAAUAACACACAUUUACUUACAAAUAGAAAUACGUUAAACACUCUGACACGCCUUGAUUCAGUUCCAUUCACAAUAAAAACUAAAUUAAAGACUAAAUCAUCACAUCUGUUUAAUCACAACUUUAAAUCAGCUUAAUAUUUCUAAAAUGUAACAUCUGUAGACUUAUAAAGUCAUUAUAAAUUUUCUAAUUAAUUCUACUGAAAUUACUCUUUUUGCUUGUUAGAAUUGAGGUUUUUCUCCAGAUCUUGUAAAUGUAAUUUAAUGUAACAAAGAGGAGAGAAUUUUAAACCUCGUCUCCACUAAAUCGAUCUGAAAAAGCGGUUUUAUAUCAAAUGUGCAUCUACAUUGGUGAGAGGAAGCGUGUACUGAGCGUGUACAGACUGAACACACUGAGACAGGACUUCCGCCCAGCGCUCUGAUGAAUGUGGGACAGUAAAGACGCUAAGCUAACAGUAAGGGAAGGUUGUGUACAGCAGCAACAUAGCUGCACUGAACACAACAUUCUUCACUGAUAAUGACAUGGAGGAGAAGCGAAAGAAACUGCUGGGGAAUAUUUUAGCAGAAAUCAGGACUCUCAGGACUCUUCUUCUCCUGCUGUGCUGUUUACUGUGUGCGGCUGGAGACGAGACGGUCAAACUGCAGGAAGUGGAAGGAACCACUAUAACUCUCCAUACUGGAAUAACUGGAAUUCAGAGUGAUGCUCAGAUUCUGUGUUUCUAUGGACCUGAGAAAGCAGAGGAAAAGAUAUUAUUUAGUCAGGUGUUUAAAGGAGAAACUGUUACAGAAAUCAGUGAGAGAUUUAAAGAGCAACUGCAGCUGGACAGAAUCAGUGGAGCUUUAACCAUCAGGAACAUCAGCAGAAAUGAUUCUGGAGUUUAUUUAUUUCAAGUUCUUGCUGGACGUCUCACAUCCAGGACUUUCAGUGUCAGUGUUUAUGCUCCAGUAUCAACUCCAGUAAUAAGAAAUGAAAGAGGAAAACGAAGUGUGUCUUCCACAGAGCAGUGUUUCCUCCUGUGCACUGUGGAGAAUGGAGAAGAUGUGAAGUUAUCCUGGUACAGAGGGAAUGAGAGACUCAAUAUCACCAAUAACACAGAUCUCAGUGUUCCUCUCAAUCUCCCACUUCAAAUACAACUCCAUGAUAUUAACACUAACACUUAUAUCUGUGUGUCUGCAAACCCUGUCAGCAGUAAAACAGCUUCUCUCAACAUCGCACAGCUCUGUGAUCAUAACUCAGGACAAACUGAUCGUUCCCGUUCACUGCUUCCUGUCCUGAUAUCUGCUGGAGUUUUCCUAUUAAUAAUAUCCAUACCUGUGUGGCUUUGGCUAAAGAGAAAAAACAACAAGUUUGUGAAAAAACUUGAGGAACUGACUUACACUGAGGUGAAAAUUACAGCUCACGGUGCAGAGAGAGUUAAAAAGGAAGAAAAGACGAGAAUAACAGACGAUCAAGAGCAGGAAACCGUCGUGCUCUAUUCAGCUGUGAAGAGCCUCACAUAAUUCAAUACAUCCUUUUUUUAUUAUUAUUUUUUAUUGUAACUAUUUUAAUAAAUUUGGACACAAAUGGUCAGUGUGUUAUGUAAACCAUUUAUAUGUUUACAACAUGUACGUUAUGUUUAACAACCAUUAAAAAGUUGAUUAUGACAUUACAGGAAGUAGAUUUCAUUGACAGAGAGUCUAUUGACUGAUUUCUGUCUGAACUGGUAUUGUUGGUGUUUAAAUUAAUUUAAAUAAAAAGGAUUCAGAACGUUCAUGUCAGAUAGAGGUAUAAAGUUUAUUUAUAUUCACAUAUUCCACAAGAUCAUGUAAAUAAUUUUUUUGUUUGGAUAAAGUUAGUUUAGUGCUUUAAACAUCAUAUUCAGUUCAGUUAUUAAUGUAUAUUAAUGUAUAACU